UACAAAUAAAUUUUUAUGUGGGUGUAUUAAACCGGUCUAACUGCACCUGUAUUGAUUAGCUGAAAACAAAACUCAUUUAAUGCUGUAAUUUAUAAAAUUUGUUUAUUAUGAGAGGAAUGCAAUCAAACCAAUUAUCGAAUGAAAUUUUAAAAGCAUCAAUUGAUUUCUAAGUUCCUUAUUUAAUUUAUAAGAAAUUAAUACACCCAUGCUUUUGUUAAGCUACAUGCAUGUAACCUAAUGUUUCAUCGAAAGCUGUUAGGAUCUCUGUUUGCUCCAGUACGACAUGAUAUCCAAGGAAAUAUUGAUAAACUAUCCAAAAUUCAUUUUAGUAAUGCAGCAGAAUUUCCUACUAUUAACAGUAUUGUUGAAUUUGAGGUUAAGAGAGCUGGAGAUCAAACUGGAAUAGAUGCUUUAUUAUGGUUAAAAAGGGCAUUAGAAUUUGUACAUGUGUUUUUAGUCUGCUUUCUUGAUGAUAGCAAACAAGAACAGCAUGAAGAAAAUAUAUCAUCAUUCUUUUAUAAAGCCUAUGAAGAAAAAUUAAAACCAUAUCAUGGAUGGAUUGUUCAAAAAUUAUUUGGAUUGAUGGUUGUUGCUGCUCCAUCAAGGAAAUCCCUUUUAGAUUUAUUAGCUGGUGGAGAAGACAGUUCAACUGAAGAUGUUGUUUUUGGAGAAAUGGAAAUUUAUUUAGAAGGUCUUGGUGCUAAUAUUGAUGUCAUCAAUAGGCUUUAUGAUAUACAUAAUCUAGUUUUUAAUCAAAAAGUAUGAUCAUAACAAUUAUAUAAAAUGAUCAAAUAUUUAUUAUGUUGAGUAAAAUUUAUUUCAGCAUGUGCUUGCUUUAAUUUUUUGAAAAAAGAAAUCUUUGUUCAAUAUUUUUUGAAAAAUGUUUUGUAUUGUAAUAACUAAGGAAAUUCUAUUUCCAUCAAUUAUUAUUUAUUAAAAAUUUAAUUAAUAGUGUAGCUAUUACUUAAGCACUGCUGAAAUGCUGUAAUCUGGGUGGAAUUACUGGACAGAAGGGUGGAGGGCUUGAAUAGAGAAAGUAGUAGGGAGGAUAACCAAUAGAUUCCUUCUCAUUAAAAUAUUUUUACAAAUGUAUAGUUAUUAUAUUUAGCUGUUGACCAUGAAAUAAUAAAAAUUUUAUCUUUGAAACAAUA